AAUAUAUGUCAGUACUGCUUGUUUCUUUGUACCUUUUGUUUAAUGUUUAUAGCUUACAAGUUAAUAUUAGGUUUUAAUUUUUAUAAUUUAGAUUGGCAACACUUUCUCCACGCUUCAAUGAUAACAGCUGAUUUCAAAUGACCAAUCAAAUUUACGUUCAGGUUGUAGUAUUUUUAUUAUUGUAAAUCUUAACUUGUUUAAGUUAAAAAAAUAUCAUUAUUAGUCUCUUGCUGGUAAUUAUUUGCUAGUAUAUAUCCAGUUUUAACAUUCAAUCUAUAAUUUCCGUGUUUUAAGCGAUUUUAAUGUCAUUUUAGGUUUGAUUUAAACAAAAUGAAAUUUUCCAUGCGGUUUGCCCAAGUGUUAAACAAAGCCAUUGUACAGAGCUCAGAGACGUUUUACAGUCGUCUUUUAAGUCGUUUUCCUGGAGACAUGAGCCUUGCAUUUUCUUAUGGCUCGGGUAUAUUUCCCCAAAACGAGAACUCACCCCCUUUAAGCAACAUGCUCGAUUUAAUAUUUGUGGUACGAGACCCCAGAUCCUGGCAUAGUGAGAACAUGAGAAUGAACAAGUUGCAUUACUGGUACCCUAUGAGGUACUUGGGACCAAACUAUGCCUUUAAACUCAUGGAAAAUUACGGUGCUGGAAUCUAUUACAAUACAGGUAUCAGACUAGAAGGCCGUAUGAUAAAAUAUGGCGUUAUCUCGGAAGACACCAUUGUUAAAGACUUGCUUAAUUGGAACACCUUAUACUUAGCAGGCAGGCUGCAUAAACCUGUCAACAUAGUCCACCACGACUUUGAGAACUCUCCAAAGCUGUUAGAGGGAUUGAAGUUAAAUUUAAUUAGCGCUGUGCUUUCUUCUUUGCUGAUUUUGCCGGAAAGUUUUACCGAGAUGGAACUUUACCACACAUUAGCUGGCUUGAGCUAUGCUGGUGAUUUCCGAAUGACGUUUGGCGAGGACCGGAACAAAGUUUCAAACAUUGUUGUUUCGAACCUCAACCAUUUUAAACAGCUAUAUGAACCUGUUUUAAAAGGCAUAUGUGAAGAAUCAGACAGACAAAAAGAUCCUUUCCACAGUUUCAUUCAUUGGAAAGAAGAUAUUGGUGUUUUCGAGCAAGAUAAGUCUCCUCUUAUCCAACUGUUACAUCUCAAUCGACUUCCUUUUGAGCUGCAAUUGCAAAUUUGUCGCCUUUUUGAUCUUCGUUCACGGCAUGUUCGGGAUGUAGAAGAAAUUUUAAAGAGUGCCGCACGUUAUCCGGACCUAUCAGAUGUUGUGAAACAAAGUGUCAUACACAUCGUACAGCACUCAAGCAAGUCUCAAAGCUUAAAAGGCAUAGUAACAGCAGGCCCUUGGACCAGCGUCAAAUACAGUGCUACUAAAUUAAGAAAAAUGAUGGCUGGGCUGUUUUCAACAAAAAAGAAAAAACAGAAAUUGACAACAUGACAAGAAAUUUGACUGUUUUUAGUUUUUAACUAUUUUUAUUGUACUUAGAAGUUUUUUUUUUAUUUUCUUGCUGUAUGUGCUUAUUUGUUUGUAUGUAAUUUGAUUACAUUCAAGCAUAUAGUUCACAUACGUUUUAUGGCUACUGAAAUUUCAAUGCAAAAGUUGUAUUUGUAUUUAACUCAAAGUAGAACAGCAGACAAUGAGGAACAUAAAUAAUUCAAAACGGUCUUUCGACAUAUUGUUUACAAGGUAUGAAUGAACCCUAGGCCCAAGCUCA